CCCACCGCCUGCGUGCCCUCCUCCCAGCUCCCUCCCUGCCCGGCAGGCUUUCAUCCCGAAGUUGCGGCGCAAGUUCGCGGUGGCUGGUGGCGGGCGGCGGCGGCUAGGGCGCUCGCAGCCUCUCUUGCCGUUGACUGGCCGGGGCUUGCCAAGUGCAUGGGCGCGCGUUGCUGCGGUCCUCGCCAUGGAGGUCCUGACGGAGGCCGAGGCGCGGGCGAGCCGCGGCGGGCGACUGGUGGAGGUACAGCUGAGCGGCGGCGCUCCCUGGGGCUUCACUGUGAAGGGCGGUCGCGAGCACGGCGAGCCGCUGGUCAUCACCAAGAUUGAGGAAGGAAGUAAAGCCUCGGCUGUGGACAAGUUACUGGCUGGAGACGAGAUUGUGGGCAUCAAUGACAUCAGUCUCUCAGGGUUUAGACACGAAGCAAUUUGCCUGGUGAAAGGGGCCCAUAAGACCUUAAAGCUGGUGGUCAAAAGGAGGAAAGAUGUGAGCUGGAGACCCCACUCAUGGCACCCCACCAAGUUCUCCGAUGGCCACUCGGAGUCAGCUGCCUCUCAGUUUCCCACUGCCAGUGGCUGCUCUUCUUGGCAUGGCCACCACCACGCCAGUUCUUCCUCCCAAGACCUGUCCAUUUCAUGGAAGCAGACAAACCUACAACGCACAUCAAACCACUUCAGCUCCCUGGGCACUGUUGACAGCUUGGACCACCCCUCCCAGGCCUACCUCUCUGGACACCUCUUGACAGCUAAGUGUAACAGCAGCAUCGACCACCUGGGUGGCCCCAACCAACGUGAUUUGGCUUAUGGCUCGUUUUCCACCAGCUCUGGCACCCCGGACCACACCCUGCCCAAGGCUGAGGCCUCCUCAGUAGAGAACAUCCUCCACAAAGUUGGGCUCUGGGAGGCGGCCCCUCAGGCCCUGGAGAAGAGGCCCUCCACCUUCCUGCCCAGAGCCCCCGGGGACAGCAGUAAAAGCCCCAGGCCAGAGGACACUGUUGAACCCAAGCUGACCGCUUCCAGCAGGUCCAUUUUCGGGCCCAUCUGGCAUGUUCCCGACAAGAAAAAAGCCCCUCCAUCACCACCCCCUCCUGCACCUCCACUGCGCAGUGACAGUUUUGCUGCCACCAAGAACCAUGAGAAGCCGCUGGGCCCUCCGUUCUCAGAGGUGGCCGCCACGAAGCUCUCGGCAGCCCCGAUCCAGCCGCAGCCUCGUGGUGAUUGGAGGUCAGACCUGGCUGAUCGCCAGCGGAGGCCCAGGUGCCUGAGCAUUGGGAAGGAAUCAGGAGGCCACCAUGAGUGCAGCCAGCCAGGUAGUCUCCCAGGCAGUGUCCAGGCCUCCCUGUCCAGAGCUGAUGCAUCCCUCACACAGCCUACCCACGGGAGCCAGCACCCACGCCAGUGCAGUGAUGAGGGCAUCACUAGAAAGUCAAUGUUCCUGUGGGGAUGGCAUCAUGUGGCCCCAUCCGGAGGGUGGCAGGACCUGCCUGUGCCUUACUGCAAGGAUAUUGGCUCCCCACAAGCCAGGUGGCCCAAGGCUGUCGACCAGAGCUAUUAUUCUUGUGUGGCUGCCAGGCAGCCCCUGUUCCAAGGGGUGUGUUGGCACUGGGAUGUGGUCCCUGGAGCCCCCAAGUGCCUUCCCCGACACCCAGUGAUGAGCCCCAGCCCGCAGUGCCCCCUAGCCCACCAAGAGGAGCCUGGUCCCCUGCCAGACACAGUCACUGGGAGUGGUGUCUUGAGAUUCCACGAACUGUCCAGGACCAGCCACGCUGAGCAGGGGCCACUGGCUGGUGGCUUCAGGGUGGCAGACGGGGAGGGCAGCAAGAUCUCCUGCCAGCAGACCCCUAUGUUGCACUCACUGAGCCAGGAGGGCCAGAUGGGCGCCGUGGAGAAGUUGCCAUCCUUUGACACACAGGUGGGUCAACCUGCACAGAGGAGCGACCGGUUCACCACCACACUGAGGAAUGAAAUCCAGUUUCGCAGAGCCAAGCUGCAGAAAAGCAAGAGCGCAGCGACCCUGGUUGAUGGGAGUGAGGCUGAUUCAGAGACUGGCAGCUGGCAGGCCCAGCUUGGAGUCCCUUCAGAAGAUGCCUUCUCCAGCCCCUACAAAGACCAUCUGAAGGAGGCCCAGGCACGGGUCCUGAGGGCCACCUCCUUCAAGCACCGUGACUUGGACCCCAUCCCUGCGGACCAAUAUCCUGGGCCCCCAGGACACAGGGCUGGGGAGAAUGGGGCCACCUUGUCUUGUCCUGUGGAGCUAGACUGCGCGCCUCGCUUUUGGGAGGCAGGUCUGACCAAGCCAGCCUCACCCAGAAGUGGGUCACCCCAGGUGUCCCGAGUUGGGGGCCGGAAAAGGUUCACGGCAGAGCAGAAGCUGAAGUCAUACUCUGAACCAGAGAAAAUGAACCAGGUGGGGCUAUCAGGGGACUGCAGUUCACAUCAGCACCCUGGGACCCCUGAGGACUGCAUGGGCACAUUCGCUGACAGGUGGAAGUUUUUUGAAGAAACGAGCAAACCUGUUCGCCAAAGGCCAGGCCACAGACAAGCUGCAUUCGGACUCCCGAGAGAGAAGGUGGGGAGGCCUCGGACGGUGGGGAUGGUGGACCCAAGAAGCGAGAGCAUGGACCAUCGGCUGCAGAAGAAGUCACGCGCCCCAUCCUUUGGAGAAAUCCUCAAUGGUUACAGGAAAGUAGAAAACCCUGGGAAGCUGGACCCACCACAGAGACUUGGGACCUUUGCAGAGUACCAAGCCUCUUGGAAGGAACAGAAGAAGGCUUUGGAAACCAGGAGUGCUGGGCGAUGUCACUCUGCAGGUAACAUUCUGGAUGCAGCACUGGACCAGCACCAGAGAUCCCAGUAUGUUCAUGAACGGUCCCGGUCGUCACCAUCUACAGACCACUAUGUGCAGGAGGCAUCUGUCGAAACUCUAAGGCAUCCAGGGGACCCCAGAGAGCACCAAGAAAUGCCUGUUUCUGCAGUUUGUGCACAGGAGGCACAUUUCACUCUGAGGCAAGCAGAUGCCCAACAUUCUGAGGCCAGUCCAGCAGCACAGCAGGACCCACCAAAGCAGAGUGCAUGGCCUUUGUCUGCGGUGUCCAGUGCAGCUCCAACUCAGGAAACCCCCGAACUGCCCCGAGAGGGCAGGGGUCGAGCAGGGACCCUGCCCCGGGAUUAUAGGUACUCGGAGGAGAAUAUGCUUGCACACUUGGGACUGCAAAUGCAGGGUGCCUCCUCACCCUUGCAAGUUCAGGGACAGGACUCAGUGAGUCCUGCUGCAGUGCAAUGCCCAGUAAGCACUGCUGCACCUCCCAAGAGACCAGCCCCACAGAGGCCUCCACCACCCAAGCACGAGCCCGGGAAGCACAGGACCCCGGACACAGCCCCUGCAGAUGUUCGCCCGGCUGUCCUGCCACCUGUGCCCCUGAAUGCUGCUACAGCCUGCCUAGCCUUGUCCUGUAGCCCCUCCACGUUGAGCAGUACUCAGACCCAAGACACCUUGAAGACCACUGCGUGUGAGCGAGAUAGCCAGCAUAUGAAAGAGGACCCACUGCCAGAAGUGCUGCCUUCCUCCAAAUUUCAGCAUUUGAAGGCAUUCGCCAUGGAAACCUCUCGAUCCCCCUCACCUCAGUUUGCCCCCCAGAAGCUGACAGACCAGCCCCCACUCCUCAUCCACAAUGAGCAUUCAACAAGAAUCGAGCGGGUGAUAGACAACAACCCCAUGCUGAAGAUGGUACCCAUCAAGAUCGUGCACUCGGAGAGCCAGCCCAAGAAGGAAAGCUGCCAGAGCCUGGCACGCCUGGCCCAGCUGCCUGCGCUGCUGAAUGGGCUGGAGCAGGACCAGAUCAAGACAUUACGCAUGUCAGAGCAGAGCUACUUCCGCUUCUGCGUGUACACACGGCAGGGUGCCGAGGCUGAGGCCACACUGAGGGACCAGCUACCUGCACCCCAACCCUCUGUGCCUCCCACAGCCCAUGCAUCAGAUGUCUGUGCCUCCCCUCCAGGGUUCAGCUAUGCAAAGACCAAAGAGAAGACCGUGGAGGACCUGAAGUCUGAGGAGCUAGCCAGGGAAAUCGUGGGCAAGGAUAAGUCCUUGGCCGACAUCUUUGAUCCCAGCUUGAAAAUCAAAACCACCAUGGACCUGAUGGAAGGAAUCUUCCCAAAAGACGAGCAUGUUCUGGAAGAGGCUCAGCAGCGAAGGAAACUGCUCCCCAAAAUCCCUUCUCCCAGGACCUCAGAGGAGAAGAAGAAGGAGCCAAGUGUGCCGGCAGCCAUGUUCCUGGCCACCAAUUCUACCUACUACAGCACAUCAGCUCCUAAGGCGGAACUACUGAUUAAGAUGAAGGACCUGAGGCAGCAGCAAGAGCCUGAGGAGGAUCCAGGCAGUGACUUAGAUCAUGACCUGUCACUGAAGAAGCAGGAGCUCGUAGACAGCAUUGGCCGCAAGCUGCAGGUGCUACGGGAAGCCCGGGAAAGCCUGCUCGCGGACAUCCAGGCCAACAAUGCUCUGGGAGAGGAGGUGGAAGCCAUCGCCAAAGAUGUCUGCAAACCCAAUGAGUUUGACAAGUUCCGAAUGUUUGUCGGGGACCUGGACAAAGUGGUGAACCUGCUGCUGUCACUGUCGGGCCGCCUGGCCCGGGUGGAAAAUGCCCUCAAUAACUUGGAGGACAGCCCUUCUCCUGGUGAUCGGCAGUCACUGAUGGAGAAACAGAGAGUCCUCAUCCAGCAGCAUGAGGAUGCCAAGGAGCUCAAGGAGAACCUGGACCGCCGUGAGCGCAUCGUGUUUGACAUCCUGGCUGCCUACCUCAAUGAGGAAAGCCUGGCAGACUACGAGCACUUCGUGAAGAUGAAGUCAGCACUCAUCAUUGAGCAGAGGGAACUGGAGGACAAAAUUCACCUGGGUGAGGAGCAGCUGAAGUGCCUGCUUGACAGCCUACAGCCUGAAAGAGGCAAGUAAGUAGCUGGUCAGCCUCGCAGAGAAUGUCCACGGCCCUCUCCCCAUGCACACAAGCUCCAAGCUGUGCUGAGCUCCUGGAAAGAGACUCAUCCCAGGGCACAGUAACAUAGCUUUGGUUGGAUCACCUAUUGAGUCAUUUAGUUUCCCUUUGGAACAGAGCAGUUUCCUCACAUGUGACUAUACAAGUUUCCAGGCACUGGCAAAUGUGGUCCCUAUGGAUCCACUAGGCUGGGGUUGUGGGACAUAGACUAUCGCCUCCAACAGAAGGGCCAUUGUUCCUCCAUCUUCCAAUGCCAAACCAGCCACAGAGGAAGACACCAAGAACAUCCUCAGGGUGGAGAAGAGGGGACUCCCUGAUGGACAUCUUCCCUCAGGAUGAAUCCAAGGAUAGGUCCCUGGAUUUUGUCUAUGCCAGACCCACAGCAUGAGUGCCCAUGGCUUUGCCCUGUGAGCAUAUUCCCUGACCCGGCGAAGUCAUGAUGAGGAUGAUAACUUAUUAACAUGUAGGAAAUGUCAAUGGUUUCCUAUUGUUGAAAACCAGCUGGGAAAUGGACAACCUACAUGUUGGGUGUACUGUCUCUAAGAUUAAAAGUGCCACUUAAAUGAUGUACAUGCUUUAGGACUGAGGCACAUGACAGACAAACCACUGUGGUCCUUCUCACCUGGCAUCAGAGGUUAAAUGAUGUUCUGCAGCCAAGUGAGAGUACGUUGCUAUGUGUGUUCAGUACUUGUGCUUGUUAGCUAUUUAUUUCCUGAGACCAAUGGAAUAUUUUUCUAGUUAUGUUUCCCGCAGAACAUUAAUUUUGUGCACACAUUCAUUUGUGACCAUUGUUUUUUGUUUGUUUGUUUGUUUCUGUUUUGCCACCAAGUUGGUCCACAAACAUUGAGGACUCCAUUCAAUGUACUAUGGGAGCUUUCCUUUCCCUUUCCUGGGGACCUGUGCUCUAUCUUAACUCUUAAACUUGAGCCUUCUCUGCUGCAGAGUUUAAGAUUGUGUGCCUCUCUGGGGGGCCUGAGACAUUGAGACUCCAAAGAGAGACUUCUCAUUAAAUAAUAUCACAGUGCUGCUGUUUCCAUUGGCACUUGGAGACUGAAAGGAAGUGUUUGCAGAUGAUGGGUCUGACAAAGGAUUUGUACCCAGAAUGUAUGAAGACCUCUGAAAACCUACUAGCAUGAAAAUAAACAGCCCAUUUAGAAAGGAGAUAACAGACUUGAGCAGACAGUUCACCCAAGAGGAUGUACACAGAGCUGAUAAACAUGGGCAACCAUGUCCAGCUGCUAGUGGCUCUCUGGUUUUCACCUAAUAAUCAUAGGCCACAUGUAUUGCUAGAAAAAGUUCAUCUGACUAAAGCUGUGGAUAACGGUGAGCCAGUCCCUCAGAUAACUGGAUAUUUAUGUAAUACUUGUCCCACAUUUCUCCUUGAUCCCCUAAGGAAUGAACAGAUUUCCCCUCAAGGCCUUCCUAAAAGAUGUACACACACUCCCUACACAUACACACACACCCUACACACACAUCCCCUCCACACACACACACCCUACACAUACACACACCUUAUAUACACACAUACCUGAUACACACACACCUGAUACACACACACCCGAUACACUCACACACACCUGAUACACACACACACACACACCCUACCCCUACCUUACACUUCUGGCAGCCUCCCAGGUACUGAAGAAGUUAGCCUUCCCACAGGUGGCAAUUCCUAUUUCCCAUGAGCUGUGUGACUUUGCGGUGGCAGCUUAUCCUCCCCUCCACCUGGCAGCCCCUUGUUGGGAACACAGGCCUCUGGCCAUCCACUCAUGAGUAACUUGGUAAUUUUGUUUAUAAUUCAGACAAAAAAAAAUCUGUCUUGGCCCAUACUUCUUUCCCCUGCAAUUGAGUUUUGUAACCAUUUUAAUAAUAUACAUGUGAAAUAUGAAUAAUCAAAUGUGUGUGCCCAUUCCCAGCCUUUCCUUGUCUUUUUGGACUCUGUCUUAUACUUAGUAACACACAGUGCUUUGAUGUUGUUUUCACCAAGCACUUGCACACGCUUCCCUUCUGGUUUUCUGUUGGUCUCUGUAAGGUUGGGCCACGGGACAUGAAAGAGGUCUCCAUAUACAUAAAUUAUUACACAGAUUUAUUAUUGAUAUUUUUUUAAAAAUAUGGUGCUGCCAGUGGCCCUGGGCUUUGGGAGGUGAUGGCUGAUUCCUGCCCCUCUCAUAGCAGAGCUGUGAAUUCUGCUGAGUGGGCUAUCUCUCCUGUGGGAUGUGUGCAGCCUGUGUCCUCAGCAUACUGUUUCAGAUGUGUACAUUUUUCAUGCUUGACACUUCCCACUUACUGAUCAAUGGAGUAUCAUGCUUGAUUUUAACAAAAUAAAUAACUGUGUCUUUGAGUGAA